AUGGAAUUAGACAAGAAGACUGAAGAAGCCGCUGGCAUCGUUGAAGUUAGCAAUGUUAAAGCUGGAGUAGGAGAGAUAGAAGGACGAGGUAUCCAACCCGUUCCUUUCGAAACCAGACAUCACACUGCCACAUACGAAUCAUUCACCCUCUGGUUCAGUGCCAACUGUUGCAUAUCCACAUUCGUCAUUGGUGUUCUUUCCCAAACUAUUUUCUACCUCGGAUUCUGGGACUCAUUCUGCAUCAUAUUGUUCUUCAACGCUUUGGCUCUCCUCCCUCCAGCAUACUUCACUACAUGGGGUCCCAAGACUGGUAUGAGACAGAUGGUCUUGACUCGUUACGCUUUCGGUUACUUUGGUACAUACACUAUUUUGGCUUUGAACAUCUUUGCUUGUAUCGGAUGGUCGGCUGUAAACGUCGUUGUCGGUGGUACCGUAGUUCACGCUAUCUCAGACAAAGUACCAGUCUGGGUCGGAAUCAUCAUCAUUGCCGUCAUAACCACUCUUGUUGCCCUCUUCGGUUACAAGUGGAUCCACAUAUACGAAAAAUUCGCUUGGAUUCCAAUCUUGGUUAUCUUCUUCAUCAUGUUGGCUGAAGCCGCACCAUACUUCUCUUACGUCCCAAUGUCCACCUCGCCUGCUCCAAUCUUGUCGUUCGGUGGUACAGUCUACGGUUUCGCUGCCGGUUGGACUUCAUACGCUGCCGACUACAACGUAAACAUGCCCGCUGAAUCCUCGGCCCGAAAGAACUUCUUGUGGGCCUACUUGGGUUUGAUCAUCCCUCUCGUGUGUCUUGAAACUUUGGGUUUGGCUGUCGGAACUGCUUUGGGUGCUAACGAUGCCUACGCCGCUGGUUUGGACGCUGCAUCAUACGGUGGACUCUUCUCUGCCAUCUUGGACCCUCUCGGAAACGCUAAAUACUUCCUCAUGGUCUUGUUGGCCUUGUCUACCGUCGGAAACAACAUUCCUAACGACUACACUCUUGGUUUGACUGUCCAAGUUAUUGGACCCUUCUUCGAAAAAGUACCACGAUUCAUAUGGACUGUUGUUGGUGCCGUUGUCUACAUCGUCAUCGCUGUUUCCAUUGCCGGAAAGUUCGACUCCAACCUUGAAGGAUUCUUGCUCUUGAUUGCCUACUGGUUGGCUCCAUACUCUGUCAUCAUGGCCAUUGAACACUUGUACAUCCGAAAGGGCAACUUUGCGAACUGGGAUUUGACUGCCUGGGACACCGUUGCCAAGCUCCCAUUGGGUUUGGCUGCUAACGCCGCUUUGGUUGCCGGUAUCAUUGGAGGUGUCAUUGGUAUGGCACAGGUUUACUACAUUGGUGUGUUGGCUCUCAAGCUCGACCCCAUGUACGGAGGUGACAUUGGAUUCGAACUUGCUCUCGGAUUCUCUGCUAUCGUCUACUUCAUCCUCCGACCAAUUGAAUUCCGAUUGGCUACAACAUCAGCUGUCCGCGUCAAGCGUCAAAAAACCACAUAUUUUAUAUCAACAGCUCCAUCCAGCUCCAUUGCCGAAUUGAAACAAGAGCUAGCCAAGAUCAUAGGCGUCUCAAAUGUGGCAAAUAUUCGUCUUCAUGUAGCUGGAAAGGCUCCUGGAACAUACAAUCUGGUCGACGAUGUUGCCACAUUGGAUCAACUUGCUGUUGCUGAUGAUGGAGUCCUGUACAUGGCAUUACCUCUCUCUGGAACGGAAGCACCCGAUGCGAAAUGGGAACAAAUAGAAGUAUACAUAAUUUUAUUUAAUUACAAUGCGUCAAUGGGUCAACACUAA